UUCUCAGUUUUCAUUAAUUUUUUGUAUAAAAAUAAAAUAAAAUAUAUGAAUAAAACCCACAAGUUAUCCCACAAAAAUUGGAACCCAUUGCACUUUUUCAUUUUUCUAUCCUUUCCAAUAAACAUUUUUUUAAUCAAAACUAACAUAAAUGGCCACAGUGGCCAAACUCCACAUGAUUCCUGCCAACUUCCACCGCACGACCACCAUCCAACCGCCGGUAACCCAACUGGGUUUCUGCCGGAGCUCAGUCUUGUGGGACCCACUGCCAUUAUUUUCUGGCAGAAGGGUGUUUAUCCAGCCAUGUAAGUCAUUUAGAACAGAAGAAGGAAAAGAUAAGGGAAUUAGUAAAAAUAUGAACAAGAUUGUGAGUAUAAAUAAAAAUAUAAGAAAAAACUUGUUGGGUGUUGUUAAAGAUUUGAUCUUUUCGAAAGAUAAUUCUGUGGAAAAGUUGGAAGAGAAUUUAUCCAAGAUUGCUCUUCAAGUUGGGAGAUACAUUGUGACCAUGAUGAGCACUGGAGUGAUUUUGUUAAUCGGAUUCAAUAUAUCAGGUGGAGAUGGUCAAAUGAAUGAUUUGAUCUGGUAUAGUUGGGUUGGAGGCAUUAUCAUCGGGACCAUGAUUGGUUCGAACAUGGUCUUAGAUGAAGUUAGUCGAGCUGGUCCCAGAAACGUCGUUAUAACUGGAAGUACUAGAGGGCUUGGGAAAGCUCUUGCUCGUGAAUUCCUACUUUCCGGAGAUCGUGUGGUUAUUGCUUCAAGAAGUGAAGAAUCUGUUGACAUGACUAUUAAAGAACUUGAAGAAAACUUACAAGAAGGUAUUGCAAGCGCAGCGAGCUCAUCUAAAAAAAACCUGGCAAACGCAAAAGUUGUUGGCACCUCAUGCGAUGUUUGUGAUCCCACCGAUGUUAAAAAGUUGGCCAAUUUUGCUGUCAACCAACUUGGUUCCGUAGACAUUUGGAUAAAUAAUGCUGGGACUAACAAAGGUUUCAGACCAUUGUUAGAGUUCACUGACGAAGAUAUACAGCAGAUUGUAUCAACAAACUUGGUUGGGUCUAUACUUUGCACACGUGAAGCAAUGCGUGUCAUGAGUAACCAGCAUAAAGCAGGUCAUAUUUUUAACAUGGAUGGUGCUGGCUCUGGUGGAUCAAGCACCCCUUUGACAGCUGUCUACGGGUCAACCAAAUGUGGUCUUAGACAACUCCAGUCAUCGUUAUUUAAAGAGUGCAGAAAAUCCAAAGUUGGAGUUCAUACAGCUUCUCCAGGCAUGGUUCUCACGGAUUUGCUCUUGAGUGGAUCAACAAUUCAGAACAAGCAAAUGUUUAACAUAAUAUGUGAGCUACCCGAGACAGUUGCUAGAACAUUGGUUCCACGAAUGAGAGUCAUAAAAGGAAGUGGAAAAGCAAUUAAUUACUUAACGCCUCCUAGAAUUUUACUUGCUUUGGUCACUGCAUGGCUGAGACGAGGACGUUGGUUUGAUGACAAGGGAAGAGCAUUGUAUGCAGCAGAAGCAGACAGGCUAAGAAACUGGGCUGAGAGCCGAACUCGUUUUUCUUUCACAGAUGCCAUGGAAAUGUACACAGAGAACACUUGGGUGUCAGUUUUUUCACUUUCAGUAGUUUGUGCAUUCAUUAUCCUCUCCGGAACCACUGGAAAUGCUUCACCAGGCACCUAGACUUGUAUCCUCAAAUGAAAUACGUGUCUCUUGAUCCAUGUAGUUAAGGAAACAGUAGGGUGCCUUGUUUUUUGCUCGUUGAUGCCUUCAGAUGGUUUGGUUAUCUACGGUUUCUUGAACUUCUUAGGAGGGUGGGUUGUUGUAAAGAUAAAAAGCAAAAUGCAAUUUAUUCUUAUAACUGAAUGAACAAAAGCAUAUCUCCAUUGAGAUGCUUGUUGGAUUUAAUGUAAAUUUAGUGAUUUAGUACAUAAUUGAUGAAGGACUCAAAUCUAUUGUUAAGUAUA